AUGGGCUUAUGCUGCAAAAAGAAGCACAUAACGCAAGAAGACUCAACUCUGAUGGUAUCCAGUUUGAGGCAUGAGAUUCAGCUGCUUGGAAGUGAAUUGAACAGAAUGAGAGGUAUGUGGAAGGAUACAACUCAGAAACUUGAGAAAGAAUGUCGUGAAAGAAAGAUCAUAGAAGAAUUUUUGAUGGAGAUCAAAACUGUGCAACCACCUCGAUCAUGUCAUGACCAUUUGAGCAGCGAUGAAGUGGAACAGGAGUUAACUGAAAUGGAUGGCUGCACCUACGGGGUACAUGGAAGAAAAAGGGAUAGUCAGAAGCCCGAGUUGAGUUCAUUUGUCAUGAAGAAUUCGAAUGACACGACACCUGGUGGCUGGAGUGCAUGGGUGCAUUUGUCAUAUCUUCUACAGGCGGCAGCCAGGCUGAAUUAUAGAAUUCUCCUUGAAAGAGACCAAUUGAUUGGAAAGAUUUUGUACACAUUCAAACGUCAGCAAAAUGGGCGGAGCAACCCAAGCAAACGAGGAACUAAUGGGCUAGCACAUGCCAAGAGCUAUGAUCUCAAGGGAGGUCAUAGACUCGAGGAAAGGGGUUUGAUUGCCAUGGAGGAGCCCUUCACUGAAAAACAGUUUAGCAAGGUCAAGCUCAUGUUGGAAAAAUUUGUUUCUUCUGGAAUGGACUAAGUCGGGGGCCAAGUAAAGAAAAACAAUAGUUGU